AUGGCUAUUAUGGAUCCAUUAUUAAACACAGGUUUUCUAUGGCGUUGUCUUGCUGCAUAUGCUGGAAUUAAAGCUGAUGAUAAACCACCUAAUGAUGAUAUUUCUUCAGCAAUAGCUACUAGUGAUAAUACACAUGAAAAACGACGUAAAAUUACUAUUCGUAAAUCAAUAUCAAAUAAACCUGUACCUGAAAAUGAAGAUACAUCUGAAAAAAUAGAACCUGAUGCUAAAGAUAAUUAUCAUGCUCGAUUAAUUGAUAUAAUGGGUUCACGUCAAGCAUUUCUUCUUCGGAAAUUACGUGAAUCAUCAUUACCAAGUCAUCCACAUAUGUCACCAUUAUGUGCUUCCGAUGAAAUUUUACGUCAAUUUCCAACAACUCAUCUUAUUCCCUGUGCACGCGAUCCAUUUAUUGAUGAUAAUGUUGAAUUUGCACGUCGAUUACGUUCUCUUAAUGUUCCUCAUCAAUUAACUGUAGUUGAUGAAUGGCCACAUGGUUAUCUUGAUUUUGGUUUUGCAUCAGAUGAUAUUGGUCAAUUUAAUGUUGAAAUUAUAAAUAUGCUUCACAGUAUUGUUCAGCAAUCAAGUUCUAAUGAUACCGGUGAUCUUACUUCCUUACCAACUUUUGUUGACUAA